AUUGAGUAAAGAACCCGAAUCGACGCACUUUCUGUUUUUCACCCCACGCAGCGUUUUCCGCGAUUUUUCUCUGUGUCGAAGCUAUUCGCAAGCCCACUGUUGCGACAAACCUGUCGGUGAAUUGGAAGCACGGGAUUGAUUUGUGCACGCCGAGACAUACAAAACCGUUUCGUGAAUGAAGAUGGGCCGUAGCCGCGAGCCGAAAUCGGUUAACGCAUCAUCCGAUCGAUCCGAGAGUAGCGGCGAGGAAGAGUUUGUGGUGGAGAAAAUAGUGGACCGUCGAGAAAGAAAGGGGAAAGUGGAAUAUCUGCUGAAAUGGAAGGGCUACGGAUCAGAUUCUAAUAGCUGGGAGCCGAGCGAAAAUCUCGACUGUCCGGAGCUGAUCAAAGCGUUCGAGGUGGCACGGGAGGCAGCAAAAAAAGAUUCCGUCAAGGAGAAAGAUCCGAAGAAGCGUGAAAAUCGCACAUCUACCAGCACGAACAGGAAGAAGAAGGACGGCGAUUCGGAAGGAGAGAACAUUGAUGCUGCCACGGACGAUGAGGAGCACGAGCGGGAUGACAAUGGCUCAACCAGAUCGCCAAAAUCCAAAACAACCGACGCGGAAGAAUAUGGGAAGGGAUUUGAUAAAGGCUUCAUUGCGGAAAGAAUUCUGGGCGCAACUGAGGUUAACAAUACGCUGCUGUUUUUAGUGCAGUGGAAGGAUCACGACAAAGCGCAGUUAGUUAUGUCGAAGGACGCCCGGAAGCACUGUCCGCAGCUCGUGAUUGAUUUUUAUGAAGAGCGUUUGAUCUGGACGCCAUCCACAGGCGACAAAGCGGAUUCUGACCAGUGAAUUUACAUUUUCUCCUGUUGCUGAACUCGAUUGUAGCAGGAACUUUUUAUUGUCAAACUUAUGUUGUAAGAAAUGUAAUAAAGAAGAAAGCCUAUGUGAAGACGAAAGAUGCAGUAUAGUAAGCACAUGCUAUAUUUGGCAAACUCCGUGUUGGAUUCCCGUCCAGAAGUGAGCGUAGUACGGGCAGCCUUCACACAGGACUAUGGACAUACACAGACUUACGUGAACUACACAUGAAUGAAUACACUGGCUUUCUAUUACUACACAAUCCAUGGCUGCUGUUUGUGCUAAUGUGACGCUCCCAUGUAACAACGCGCAAAAAACUGCACC